AUGUCCUGGACCAAACAAACCGACUACUGGAGCCGUCCCCUAGACUGCCAUGACCGCCUCUUCCAAUUCAUCGGCGAGUCAGGCAAACCACUCGGUCGUGAACACUGGCUCACCAUCGGCGCCGUCCAGCUCGACUUUCCCAACAAUAACAACAACCCCGACAAGAUCAUCACACAACUCCGCAAUGCCUGGAAAUCCCUCCGCAUGCGCUAUCCCGACAUCGCCGGCGAACUGCACGCCCACGAAAAACGCUACUACCCGAUCACAAGCCCUGAAGCCCUAGAAUCCUGGUGCAACGAUACCUUCAAAAUCGAAGAAUCAGCGCAAUCCGCCGACGACCUCUUCACCCACAAGCUGCACAUCACAGACCCGCACGCAACCGCACACUGGAUCCCCAGCAGCCAGGAACUCUGCAUCGUCUCAGCCCACUGGCGCUGGGACGGCAGUGGGCUUGCUAUGGUAUUGGACCAGUUCCUCUCCGAGCUGCAAGCUCCAACCAUUCCGACCACAACCCUCUUCGACGGCAGCGAAACCACCCGGCUCAUCCCCUCGCUGGACGCCAUCAUCGGCAUGCCUGCUUCCCCCGAAGCCAGAAACCCCGAAUGGUCUCGUCGCGCCGACGAACUCCUCGCUACCUUCCUCGAAGGCCAACCCUCCAUCGGCCUCCCCGUGCUAGAUCCCACAGCCUUACCCGCAAAGUCUCUCCGCACGGAGCAUGUCGUUCCCGCGGACCAGGCGACCGCGCUGCGUCGUGCUUGUCGCGCGAGAAAUAUCACCCUCACGACAGCUAUGCACGCCUCUGCGAUUAUUGAGACGACGCGUGCUGCUGCUGCUGCUAAUUACACCAAUUCAUCAUCACGCUACAUCUCCUGGCAAGCCUUCGAUCUCCGCAAAUACCUGCCCCCACCUUACGACGGCCCCAUUCACGGCCCGUCCCUGCGCAUGGUCGGCCUCCCGCUGAAUGUCGAAGCCACGCCGACAACGAACUGGUCCGACCUCGUCGAAAUCAUCCAGCCGCUGUACCGUCAAUCGUGGAACUUGGCUGACAGUGACAUGAUGUUUGUGAGGGUGCCGUUCGUGGAAAAGGCCACCGCUAUGUUCCAGGCUGCGGCUGCGGCGGGCGCGCCGCAACCCACGGAGCCAAAUAUUAAUAGUUUGGGGUCUGUGGAUCGGCUGAUCAGGGAGAGUUAUGGGGAGGUGAAGGUUAAGGGUUUGGUGCUUAUGGUGCAGAUGUUGGCGCAGCAGUUGUAUGUGCAUUGUUGGAGUUGGAGGGAUGAGUUGCAUUUGAGUGCGAGUUAUAAUGAGGCGUAUUAUGAGAAGGGGUUUGUGGAGGAGUGGUUGAAGGCUAUGAAGGAGAAUAUGGUCUUGAAUUUGUUGGGGGAUGAGACUAAUACGAAUAAGGGUGCGUUGCUUUGAUGGGGAUGUUUUCCUUUCUGUUCUUUUCAUUUCAUUUCUUCUUUUCGGGCUAUAUUUUUGAUUUGGAAGUGCGUUGCAUGAUUGAUGAAUGAAUGUUCUAACGGUUUACAGAAUCCAUUGUCGGUUGACUUGUCAGCUAUACAGUUAAUACUACUGGGAGGUUUGUAUAUAUGUUAAUUUGGUUGGGUGGGGAUUGAUGUGUGCCUCUGCUAAAGCUACAAAUUCCCAGACAAUUUAUUGAUUAAAUGCAGG